UUGAUCGUCGCCAUGUUGCGUCUGCGCAUGCAGGAAUGAAUGAAGCGUCAUCGCUUCGACAUCGCCUGGGAUACUGGAGCUUUGCGAGGCCUUUCUCCCAUUUUCCCUAAAAAAACAAACAAACAAAAACAACACAAGAAGAAUCUGAGCUGAACUAGCUCAUCAGACUUUACAGCUCUGUUUGUUUGACCAAUCAUGUCUCGCACGCUCAUCUGCUUCGCCGUGUCCUGCUGGGCGCUGCUUUUCACCGCCGGCCUCCUCUGCACACAAACGGCCGAGGGCUCGCUGGUGAACGAGGAGGUGAAACGCACGGUGGACCUGAGCACGCAUCUGGCAAAGAUAACCACGGAGGUGCUGCUCUCUAAUCCGGGAAGGAGCACCGUGAACAGCUUCGUGGUCGCGCUCGAGCCUGAGUUGGCGCCGCACCUCGCCUUCAUCGGAGUGACCGCGAGUGGUCAAGAAGAAAAGGAUGGCUCUUUGGAGCUGAAAGAAACCUCACUUAAAGGCCAAAGUGGAAAGUUUUUUGAAGUUCAGCUGCUGUCCGGACUGGCAGGAGGCAGUAAACUGCGUCUGCAAGUAGAAACUGUUCUGAGCCAUGUGUUGCGGCCCUUUCCCACCCACAUCACCCAGGCUGAACGGCAGCUUGUGGUCUUCCAAGGCAACCAUUACUUGUACUCGCCCUACCUUACUACCAGCCAGACCACCCGUGUUCGGCUCGCCUCAAAAAAUGUGGAGAGCUAUACCAAGCUGGGCAAUCCCAGCAAGAGUGAUGAGAUAAUCGAGUUCGGCCCCUUCCAGGACAUUCCUCCCUUCAGCCAGGACCCCAUGAAAAUCCACUAUGAAAACAACAGUCCCUUCCUUACCAUCAGUAGUAUUACCCGCACCAUCGAGGUUUCUCACUGGGGUAAUAUUGCGGUAGAAGAGACCAUAGACCUGAGACAUACAGGAGCUUUUCUAAAGGGGCCUUUCUCACGCUACGAUUACCAGCGGCAGUCUGACAGCGGCAUCUCCUCCAUAAAAUCCUUUAAGACCAUCCUUCCAGCAUCUGCACAGGAUGUCUACUACCGGGAUGAGAUAGGUAAUAUUUCUACCUCCCACCUCCUGGUUCUGGAAGAUGCUGUGGAAGUAGAGGUGCGGCCUCGCUUCCCUCUCUUCGGUGGCUGGAAGACCCAUUACAUCAUUGGUUACAACUUGCCGAGCUACGAGUACCUGUAUACUCUGGGUGAUCAGUACGCUCUGAAGAUGCGUCUAGUGGACCAUGUUUAUGAUGACCAAGUCAUUGACCAUCUUACUGUCAAAAUCAUUCUUCCUGAAGGGGCAAGGAAUAUCCACUUAGACACACCCUACCAGAUUGACCGUGAGCCUGACCAAUUGCAUUACACCUAUCUGGACACUUUUGGCCGCCCUGUGCUUGUGGCCACAAAGAGCAACUUGGUUGAGCAGCACAUCCAAGAUGUGGUGAUUCACUACACCUUCAAUAAAAUUCUGAUGCUGCAGGAGCCACUGUUAGUGGUUGGAGCCUUCUACAUCAUGUUCUUCACCGUCAUUAUCUAUGUGCGCCUGGAUUUCUCUAUCACCAAGGACCCUGCUGCUGAGGUGCGAAUGAAGGUGGCCUCCAUCACAGAGCAGGUGCUGACGCUGGUCAACAAGCGCUUAGGCCUGUACCGCCACAUGAAUGACGUGGUGAACCGUUACAAGCAGUCGCGAGACACUGGUGCGCUCAAUGGUGGCCGCAAGACCAUGGAAGCGGAGCACCGCACCCUCACCAAUGACAUCUCCUCUUUACAAGCCCGGCUCAAAGUCGAGGGCUCCGAUCUGGCAGACAAGGUGGCCGAGGUGCAAAAGCUGGACAGCCAAGUGAAGGAGCUGGUGUGCCGUUCCUGUCAAGAGGCGGAGCGGCUGGUGGCAGGCAAAGUGAAGAAGGAGGCCUACAUUGAGAAUGAGAAGUCACUGGCCAGCAAGAGGCAGGAGCUGAUCAAUCGCAUUGACAGCCUGCUGGAUGCACUGUGAGUGUGCAGACCAGUAUCCACCCACCCAUUCAUAUUGCAGCUACACACACACACACACACACACACACACAAGUAUACAACAUAUGGAAACUACAUGCAGUUUGCUCUAACUCUCUGCCUUCAUGUAGUUCAAGUGGCUUGUCUACGGUUUCAUUUGAAGCACCAGGCUCCUUCCGCUGUUCCGUUAACUGGGAGCAUAGAUAUAAUGUAUGAAGGGUGAUGGGCUUUAAAAAAAGAAAAAAUGGUGGGUGCAUUCAGUGGAAAUUCAGUGCUCUUUUUUAAAACAAUUAUUCCUGGAUUUCUGUUUUGUAUUUUUUUGCAUUUUUGCCACCAUUAAAGGCUUUAGUUGGUAGUUUUUUUUUUUUUUUUUUGUUUUCCCCCCCUCUCAAAAACAAGAUUUUUAUGACAAAUCAGUAUGGAUAUGAGGCAGAGUUUACUGUAGACUCCCCUGAUCUGUGUUGGUAAAUGGGGACAGUAAUACAGCUCCCUCUUUUGUGCAUCGGUUGUGUUAACAGCUGUGCAGAGCUCAUGUUGGGUUAAUAAAGAAUUGAUUCUUGAUAUAUCCAACAAUUUUAUCUGUUUGAGCCAGUUUAACUAAAAAUUCAAGUAAAUUCUCACAUGCAUUUUCCCUCCUAGAAGACUUGCAUUUUUGUUUUAACAUACAGUAAUGGAAUAUUGCUUUCAUACAUUUGUAAUUUUCCUGUGUAAAUGACACGGUUGCUGUAAUUUGAGUUAUGCAUGCAUGUGAUUGUAGUGUUUUCUGAAGGGAACUUGGGCUUGAAUUAUAAAUUGCAAAUGAAGCGGAGGGGAGACCGAAUUUGAAAUAAAGUUUAAAAAAGAUAAA